GGACUGGCGCGGUGCGCGCGCGCGAGGCAGUGCGCCUCUUUUUUUCCCCGUGGGGGCGGCCAGCCCGCCCGCGCCUCGGGCCGCGGGCACUUCUCGGCAGGACGAAGGGGAGGAGGGGCCCCAAACAGCCCCGUCGCCGAGCCGAGACGGCUCGGCAGGCGAUGUCUUCGAAUUGCAGGCGGGCCGCUGGCUGUGCAGAGAGAGCCACGCUUGCUGCUAAACGGCCUUGCAGCGCCAGCCGUCGCUGACCGCUGAGCUUGAAGCUGCUUGCGCCGUGCACGCCUACGCACAAUAGUCUGCACCGCUCGAAAUGCACGCGCGCUGGCACGCAGAGCCAGGAGCGCGGAGG